UCUGCUUCUUUGUGUGGUAAUCAGAAAAAUACGGUACUAAAAACAGAAGGGGCGGGGUUAUGUCGUUUUAGGGAAUAUUUGACGCCUUGCUUUAAACCAAGUGCAGACGUGAUAAAUAGUGAGACAACUACUGGCACACAGCAGGAUCACCGGCUAGACAAGACUCCGUGGUGUAUGCAGAUUCAGAGCAACAGUUGGAUCUCUAGGAUAAAAAUGACGCUUGGGCAUUGCUGGUCCUUCUAGCACAGCAGAAUGUUCCCUGUGGAUAGAAUGAGAACCUUCGGGGUUUCCGCCUGUGUUUUUUCCACAGGAUACGAAGUCUAGCAACACAACAUCAGAUACAAGAUACAGCAUGGGUUUUAUUUUUCACCCGACGGGAUCCCAUUUUUAAGAAGAUUCAUAUCUGGCAUGCACCACUUUGAAAUGAAUGCGGCUUACAUAACUAUUGAGUUAAUUAUUGCCGUUCUUGCCAUCAUUGGCAAUGUCUUGGUGUGCUGGGCUGUGGCCAUCAACACUACACUUAAAAACGCAACUAACUACUUUUUGGUAUCACUGGCAGUGGCGGAUAUUCUGGUUGGGUUUCUUGCCAUCCCCUUUGCCAUAACAAUUAGCAUUGGAUUCAAUACUGACUUCCACGGCUGUCUGUUUUUAGCCUGUUUUGUGCUGGUUCUGACCCAAAGUUCAAUCUUUAGCCUGUUGGCUGUCGCUGUUGACAGGUACCUGGCCGUCAAAAUCCCACUCAGGUACAAGGAGCUGGUAACCGGGAAGCGGGCCAGGGAAAUCAUCGCCGUCUUGUGGAUUCUUUCCUUCGUGAUUGGCCUGAUCCCGUUCCUGGGCUGGAAUAAGAAAGACGAGGAGUGCUACUCCAACACCAUAAACCAGACCCACAGAAACGAGUCGUCCCACAGCAACGUCAGCUGCCAUGUCCAGUGCCUCUUCGAGAAGGUGGUAGACAUGAGCUACAUGGUCUACUUUAACUUCUUGGGCUGCGUCUUGCUGCCUCUGCUCAUAAUGCUGGGGAUCUACAUCAAGAUCUUCAUGGUGGCCCGCAAGCAGCUGAGGCAGAUCGAGCUCAAGUGCAUCAAUGGGGACCACUCGCGCAGACGGCUCCAAAAAGAAAUCAACGCUGCCAAGUCCUUAUCCAUCAUUGUGGGCCUGUUUGCCCUCUGCUGGCUUCCUGUCCACAUUUUAAACUGCCUCACCCUGUUUUAUAAAGACUUUGUCAAUACGAAGCCGGAAUUGGUGAUGUACACAGCCAUCAUCUUCUCCCACGCCAACUCUGUGGUGAACCCCAUCAUAUACGCCUACAGGAUCCGUGAUUUCCACAACACCUUCCGCAAGAUCAUUUACAAGCACAUUCUCUGCCAAAAGGACAAAGUGUACAAGAGCACCAAUGGCAGUACAUACAACAGAGACGGGAUUGAGAGAAACACGACGGUUCUGUUACUGUAGUAAACCGUGACAACUAAAAACUCGUAACAUCGUUCCGUGUGUUGUCGCUAAAUGUUUACAGGAGAAAAGGCAGACAUCAGGUGUCGUUUUGAAAUAAUGUGACGAGCAUAAUGCCUUUUACUGAUGGGUUUUAGUUUUUUUUUCUGAAGUCUGAAAAACACAGCACAGACCCGUGGAGACGAGGAAGACUUUUCUCUCAUGACAACUGCAUGUAGUCUCCUUUACAUAAUCUACCCCCAGAUUCAGAGAGUCAGUGGUAUGGAAGCUGGUGGUUUGCCCAGUCUAAUUCGUUCAAUGUUCAUUCUGCCAACCCAACACUAUCAAAUUGUCCGUCUGGUUAAUUAAAGGCAUCUGUUUUUACUCUGAGCUUUAAACGUUUCAACACCCAUUAUUUCCAAUGGGACCUAAUGGUUCAAUUCGAAUGGAAACCCUGGCUGCCUUCCCCUAUUCUUCAGUGUCUAAUGCCAGAUAUAUUCAGUGUGGCUGCUGAUCUGUGGCUAGUUAAAGCUGCAGUAUCCCAUAACCAUGUUCAAUUGUAUACCAAAAUAUGAUUCCGUUGUGUUGGUUUACUACAUUCUUCUGGGCACUAUUCUUUAUCAGACAGCACUUCCUCCCUCUUUGGAGCCCAAACUAAACAAUACAGACACAGUCCUGGCAUCACUUGCAGCAGCACUAAGAUAUGGAUAUCAUCUACCAGCUCUUCUGUUGCUCAUGAAAGCAAAAUAAAAAUCUAAACAAAAAGCAAAAAUGGUAUCACGUUUUUUUGUUUUUCCUCCCAAAUGUUUUACAUGAAGUGCCUACAAAACUAGUAAGGUACGGUCCAUUAAAAAAAAAAAAAAAAAGAAAUUAAAAUAAUGUGUUAAAAACAAUUGGGGAUUGAAUAUUUUAAAACUUGUAUUAUUUACUUUAGUACUUUAGAGUCCAGAUGAUGAUAUCCUUUAUCUUCUUAUAAGAAUGUAAGACAGUAAGAUUUCUUGGAAUGAUUCGGGGUAAGAUUUGAUGGAAUCACUGCAGUAGUGCCAUUUAAAUUCCAAAUGCAUCAUUAUCUUUCAUUAUCUUAAAUCGUGCACUUAGAAAACCUUUUGACACUGCCUUAUUACUGUAAGUCCUUCCAGUAAAAAAACCUAACACAUAAAUAAAUACCUAAAAACAUAAACUGUACAGCUUCCAGAAUUGAGCGACUAAACAGUUGCUGUAAACUUAGAUGCUGCAGCUGAAAAUUCCAGUUAUAGCAAAAGUAAAAAGCAUCACAACCUGUUAAAAUGCGUGAAAGAUCAACUGUUUUAUAGGUUAACAUUUAAUUUCAGGUUAUGUACUAAAUUCAAGCCUUUCUCAUAUUGCAAUGGUGGAAUGAUCGCCUGUGUAGCCAAUAAGACAAUAACCACGGCUGCCUUGUGGUCACAAAAUUGAGUUCUGCCAAGAUCUGCAGUCCUUCAGCUUUCAUUACAUCUGACCAGAAUACUUAAUUAUAACCCCAUUAUUCAGCACCCUAAAGCCAGUAAUUCAGCGAGAUAUGCAAGAGUAUACAAGAUGUUUUUUUUAAUGAUUUACCAUUGUACCACUUAACAGUUGUACCACGAAGAUUCAUAUACUUUAUUUCGAAUAAAUGCGAUUUAUAUUUCAAUAUAUUUCUCUUACUCUACGCUAGUGUAGCAGUACAGACACGUCAAUCCAAUCUGCGCAAGACACAUGCUUUUCAGUAGAUGGGAAAGUGCUCUAUUUUCCACACUCCUGUUUGAAACACACCCCUCUGCUGUCCAAUAUGGUCUGGUAGCUUUGUGUAGAAAACAGACCUGAUCUGUGAAUUGAAAUGUCAUUUCUGAUAUAAAUAUAACCAGAACAAAAAGGGAUUUACAAAUGAACCUAUUAACUUCCGUUUGGCAACUGUGUCAACAAUAUAAAUGGAGGUGUUGGGCUUACUUUGUCAUCUUUGAGAAAUACUUCACAACUUUAUAAAACGGUAUCUAUUUAAGAACCAACUGUCAGGAAACCAGAAAGCCAGAGAUACGUCCUGUAUUAAUUGAACUAGUCGAAACCAAUACACGUGUCAUAAAUACAGCACCCACAUUUGUUUAGUGUGUAAAUAUUAUUGUGAAAAGACACCAGUGAGGACGCACAGCUACUGCAGAUUUAAUCACUUUCAACAUUACAAUAAACAUUAAAUAACAUUAUUACUAUUCCCUAUAGCUGUAUGCAAAUACAGACCAGUAAAUUACACUUUGUGAGAUUGGUGAAUAUCGUGCUAGACAGAAAUUUUUCCUGUGCAAAUGACAGUUUGAGUUUUCACCCGCUUCAGUCUUAGAUCUCAGGGAGCUGUUGAAGACAAUACAAUAUUGUCAAUAGCUAUAGGCUUGUGUUUUAGACAGUGCAGUAUUAUGAGCUGCACAGCUGUGUCUGUCACUGCAUUGGAAGCUCAAGGCAAUAGCUGCUAAAUGUGUCAGCCCAGCUGUAUUUUGAGGGGUAUGUUUGGGUCUGGUUGCAGGCUCAGAACUGGCCCUGCCAGGCUUUACUGAUAUUGAACUUCACCAGGAUACAUACAGUAGGCAGUCAUUCAAGGACAGAAAAAAGAAAAAAAACAAAGGCUACUUUUUCUACUUAAGUCUGAAAUUCAGUAGGUUUUCAAAAGGAUCUUUUGAUUCAAUUACAAAAAUAAGUAUAUUCUGAAAACUACAAUAUUGCACCAUAUACAGUUUUGUUAAAAAAAUGUAUUUAUACUAUAUAUGUAUAGCCAUGAUUACACAGCUGUAAAUUAUGGUACAUUGGUCCAAUCUAAGGAAAAAUAAAACAAAAUAUCGUGGCCCGCAAAUGGCAACAUUCGCCUAGGGAUGCACUGUCAGGCUUGUAACUACGAAUCACUUGGAGCUGUUAUUAUCCGUUCUUCUCUGGAAAGCUGCAGCUUCCCUUUCGGAUACAUUGUCUUACCUGUUUGCUUGCUGGGGUGUCUCUAUUCUGAACACUUCUUUACUUUAGUCUCUCUAGUUCAGUUAAGGAAAUGUAUGUCAAUUUUGUGCCUAUUGUUGUUUCCCAAUAAUAAUAGUAAUGUUAUUUGUGUUGCUAAUGAAGUGAUGUCAUUCUCAUUUAUACCCAAGUGUGGUGACCGUUAACAACACAGGGGCAGAGAUCUUACCACACCUAGUUUGGUCAGUUACUGGUUGGUAUUAAAACAGAAGAGAAAGGGUUUGGGGAAUGUGUUUAAGGCACAGCAUACCACUAAUGGAAUAACAACUAUUCCAAAACUGAAGCAGCAUCAAGAAAUAUAUUCAAAUACUAGGAAUUGUUGCAUCGUGUUCAGCAAGAUGUCUACACGUUUGUGUUUCUAAUUGUAUGCAGCUUUUCUGAACACACAGGACCCUAAUUUAAUGAUCUGAUACAGUGGCUGAUCUAAAUACUGCCACCGUUUUAUGGAGACUUGCACGCACUGAGAUUAUUUUAUUAGCAAUCCCACCUACAGUAUCCUCUUCUAUACGAUUAAGAUCAGACUGGACUAUAACCACAAAAAGAAACGGUUUAUUUGUGAAAAAUCCCCUUAUAAGUCAGGUAAAUUCCAUGUUUACUUGAUAGGUGUAUUUUAAAUGUUUAAUAUGGGCAAGUCAGGCAAUUAUAUUUUUAUUGACUUUUAUGGAAAUACAAGCCACGGACCGAGCUGUACUCCUACCUAAACUGGAUCCCUCAUCUUUAAUGACUUUGUUAUGUUUAUAAAAAGUCAAACUCCACCAAACAUUGUGAGCACCACAAUGCAUGUUUUACAUGUACAUACAGUAGGUGUUCUUCAUUCUUCUUGUACAGAACAAGUUCUGCAGUUAUAGUACACUAUGGAGCAUUGACGUUACGAUGAUGUUAAUGAAUAAGUUAAUUUAUUAAAAAUGUUGUCCGAUUCAUUAUAGAAAAUACCUGCAUGUAACAUUUUAAUUUAAUUUAAUUUUUUUUUUUAAUGAAUGCCAUUCAGUAAAUGUACAGGUGAACUGCAAAUGACCCGUCCGGCAGGAAAGUAUUUUAUAUGGCCUAAUAGAAGUACAGUAAAAACAGAAACUGCAAAGAUUUAAUUUCUUUGUGUAGUUUGGCUUCUGAGCGUUAUCUUGAUCAGUUAUCCAAAAAUGCAUUUCCUUUGCAGACAUUUUAACUGAUAUCACUCCAGAGACAGAUCACAGAAGCCAAGAUCAGUGUGGAGGACUGUGACAGGGUAGCUUAGACAGGGUAAUUAGACCCCGAGACAGAAAGCUGCAGUUUUAAGCGCGCACAAGGUCUAAAAUAAAAGGUUUAAACAAAAGAAUAACUAUGCGUAGGCUGGGCAUUAGCCUUCGCUAGCACGUUGAUAAACAAUACAAAAAUCAGAGCACACUCACCCCCCCCCC